CUACUGCGCUAAUUUCCAGAGAUCAGCUCACGCCCACUCUACCAAAGCAUGAAUUCCUGUACUCUUCACUAUGUUUCCAUUAAACUCCCUGAACUACACACGUCUAAGAUUUUGAGCCCCUUUAGUUUGACUAAGAGGGAUUUUAAAGUAUUUGCGGUUGCUUCAAGUGUGAACGAGCCGUCCAAUUAUAUCCCAGCGGCUCCCAUUUUUCUCCCAGAAGGGCCAUGGAAGGAGAUUCCUGGGGGAAUUACUGCUGCAAAGGGAUUCAAAGCUGCAGGCAUCUAUGGUGGAUUACGUGCCAAGGGAGAGAAACCUGAUCUUGCACUUGUCACUUGUGACAUCGAUGCCACAGCUGCAGGGGCAUUCACUACAAACAUGGUUGCUGCUGCACCUGUCUUGUAUUGUAAAAAAGCAUUAGAUAUUUCCAAAGUGGCACGUGCAGUAUUAAUAAAUGCUGGUCAAGCAAAUGCAGCAACAGGUGAUGCGGGUUACCAGGAUGUGCUAGAAUGUGCUGACACCCUGGCUAUGAUGCUUAAAGUGAAGCGAGAGGAGGUUUUGAUUGAAUCCACAGGUGUAAUUGGUCAACGAAUAAAAAAGGAAGCACUGCUAAAUGCAGUUCCAAGAUUAGUUAAUUCUCUCACAUCAUCUAUUGACGGGGCACUUUCUGCUGCAGUGGCGAUUACAACUACCGACCUUGUGAGCAAGAGUGUGGCAAUUGAGUCCCAAGUUGGAGGAACAAACAUACGAGUUGGAGGAAUGGCCAAAGGUUCUGGGAUGAUCCACCCUAAUAUGGCCACCAUGCUUGGUGUAAUAACCACUGAUGCACUUGUCAAAAGUGAUGUUUGGAGGAAGAUGGUACAAAUUGCUGUUAAUCGGAGUUUCAACCAAAUAACAGUAGAUGGAGAUACUAGUACCAACGAUACAGUCGUUGCUUUGGCUAGUGGUUUAUCUGGAUCAACCCCAAUAUCAUCUAUCAACUGCAAUGAGGCAGUGCAACUUCAAGCUUGCCUUGAUGCAGUAAUGCAAGGUCUUGCCAAAUCAAUAGCUUGGGAUGGAGAAGGAGCUACAUGCCUAAUUGAGGUAAUAGUGACUGGUGCAGAAAGUGAGGUGAAAGCAGCAAAGAUUGCACGCUCAGUGGCAUCUUCUUCACUUGUCAAGGCAGCAGUGUAUGGCAGAGAUCCAAAUUGGGGACGGAUUGCUGCUGCUGCUGGCCAUGCAGGGAUUCCUUUCCACCAGAACAACCUCCACAUUAUGCUGGGGGAUAUUUUGCUGAUGGAUAAGGGGCAACCACUUGCAUUUGAUAGGGCUGCAGCUGGUAACUAUCUCAAGAAGGCUGGUGAGACCCAUGGUACAGUUGGAAUCUACAUUUCUGUGGGUGAUGGAACAGGAAGUGGACAAGCAUGGGGCUGUGACUUGAGUUAUGAUUAUGUCAAAAUAAAUGCAGAGUACACAUCAUAGAGAAAUCCACUGUAUCCCAGCUAUCAUUCACCAAAUUGAACUUUACCCCAUCAGAGGGCAUUCCAAAAGAUUAAAUAAAUAACACUACUGUUAUAAAAGAGUGUACCUGAUCUUGUCUGGGCAUAACCAGGUUAGGCUGCGCUCAUCCAAAUGUGUAUACGUGGGCUAAGCAUUCCACGCCCGAGUUCCCCACUCAUACCAAGCCCGAGCCCGAAGAAAAUAUGAGUUGCAAGUUAUUGUUGCGAUAACAAUUGCAAAAUAGCUUAUGCCCGCAUUUUAAAAAAAAAAAAAUCCGUGUGGGACAUAUAUGGAUUUAGGCUCUCUAACUUCAAUGGUACUAGAGUCGGCCAUUGCCUCUCAGCUGCAAUCGUGCAGCAUAGUUGGUGACAGAUUGCCAUGUCUUGUCCGGACUAAAUUAAGCGAGGGCAAAGUCAAUUUGCAUGGGGAUUGGGAUUGCAGAGUGUAGCGAAAUAUUAUGAUGCCUAUUAUGAUGCCAAUUGCAAGGUGACUUGCACUCAACAUUGAAAGUAUGAGAUUUUAUAGUGGAAUAUAUGUGAAUUUGGACUCUCCAAUUUCAAUA